AUGGAAUUUUUUACUUUGCCCGGCGUUAAGAGAAUCGAUGUGAUAUUUGAUAGAUACGACGAUAUUUCCAUAAAAUUUUUGGAGACGAAAUUACGUGGUAAAGACCAGAUCACCCAAAAUAUCAUAAUUUCCAACCAUUCAACAAAUAUUCCUGCUGAUUGUAAAGCUUUUCUUACUAACACUCAUAAUAAAUUAAAACUCGUUCGAUUUCUUUGUGCUAAUGUUCCAAAAUAUGCACAAGUAAAAGAAGACUGUGAGUUGUAUAUUUGUGGGGGAUUCGAUGAUCCAACUAAAUGUUUCAAAUUACAAGGAUCUCUAAUUUGUGAGAUACUCGAAUUACAAUCAAACCAUUCAGAAGCUGAUUCAAGAAUGUUCGUCCACAUUUUUCACGCAGUAAGGAUUCAAUCUGCUCAUAUUAUUAUAAUCAGCGCUGAUGCAGAUGUAUUCGGCUUGGCAGUUUAUUUCUGGAAAUACUUAGAAAAUAUUGGGUGUCUCGGUCUAUGGUUUGACGGUUCUCACACGAAGAAAUGCUUUCUAGGAUGCCAUUUGGCUGCUAAAUCCCUGAGUGAAAACAUAUGCAAUAUUUUGCCAGCAUUACAUGAUGUGAGUGGUUGCGACACUACUAGCAGAUUUGGUAGUAAAAUGCAAUGGUUGAACGCUGCGUCUGAAGAUUUUUCACAAACAGCUCUCAUGCCUUUGGGAAACCUUGACCUAAAUGACGAGCAAUUCAAAAGAAGCAGUUUGCACAUAUUUAUUUUCAAAGAAGAAAUUAUCUACUGA